UUGACAACAAAAACUCAUGUACCCACUCUAAAAAUCGUCCCAGACAAAGGUCUGUUCUUCAAGCUUAAAGGUUCCUGAGAUCAGCAACAAUGGCGGAAGAGGCUGAUAAAGUGACGAAGGUGAAGAUUACGAGCAAAACCCACGUGAGACCGAGCAAGACGAUAGGGAAGAACGAGUGUCAGCUAGUGACGUUUGAUCUCCCGUACGUUGCGUUUUACUAUAACCAGAAGCUGUUGAUUUAUGGGGGCGGGCAGGAUGAGUUUAAGGAGAAUGUGGAGAAGCUUAAAGAAGGGCUGAAGGUGGUGUUGGAGGACUUUUAUCAGCUGGCGGGGAGAUUAGGGAAAGACGAUGAAGGCGUGUUUAGGGUUGAGUACGAUGAUGAGAUGGACGGCGUGGAGGUGUCCGAGGCGGUGGCUGACGAGAUCAGUGUUGGUGAUCUGACGGUGGAGGAGGGCACCGGUGCACUGAAGGACUUGAUUCCUUAUAAUGGGAUCUUGAACUUGGAAGGCCUUCGUCGGCCAUUGUUGGCAAUCCAGUUAACAAAGCUGAAGGAUGGACUGGCUAUGGGAUUGGCGUUCAAUCACGCGAUCUUGGACGGGACUGCCACGUGGCACUUUAUGAGCUCGUGGGCUCAGAUCUGCACGGGCUCACCGUCAAUCUCGGCCCAACCGUUCCUCGAACGGACGAAAGUGCGGGACACGCGCAUGAAGCUCGACCUCUCCCUGCCCCCAGACCCGGUGGCGGCCAGCGCCGAAUCUAACGGCGAAGCCAAACAGCAGGAGCCUAAGCUGCGGGAGAAGGUCUUCCGGUUCCCAGAAUCCGCCGUCGAUAAGAUAAAGUCAACGGUCAACGCAAACCCUCCACCGGACGGCGCAAAGCCAUUUUCCACGUUCCAAUCACUCGCCGUUCACGUUUGGCGCCACGUCACGCACGCGCGCAACCUGAGGCCGGAAGACUACACGGUCUUCACCGUCUUUGCCGACUGCCGGAAGCGCGUGGAACCGCCAAUGCCGGAGACCUACUUCGGCAACCUUAUACAAGCCAUCUUCACCGUAACCGCAGCGGGCCUCCUGUCGGCGAACCCGCCGGAGUUCGGCGCGUUGCUGAUACAGAAAGCGAUCGACGCGCACGACGCGAAGGCAAUCGACGCACGGAACAAGGAGUGGGAGCAGUCGCCGAAGGUUUUCCAGUUCAAGGACGCCGGCGUGAACUGCGUGGCGGUCGGAAGCUCGCCGAGGUUUAAGGUGUACGAUGUGGAUUUCGGUUUCGGGAAGCCGGAGAGUGUGAGGAGCGGAUCCAACAACAGGUUUGAUGGGAUGGUGUAUCUGUACCAGGGGAAGAGUGGAGGGAGGAGCAUUGACGUGGAGAUCACCUUGGAAGCUUCCGCCAUGGAGAGGCUGGAGAAUGAUAAGGAGUUUCUCAUGGAGGUUUGAUUGUUGUGGUAACUGGGUUGCAUCUGGAUCAAUAAUAAUGAUUUAAAGAUUUGUACGGUAGUUCCGAUGAUGAGAAAUAUUUGUGCGAUGUUGCUCAUGGUCGGAAACUUCUGUCCGUGUUCCAUGGAUGAACUUCUAGUUUACAGUGACAUGAAAUGUGAGCUCUGUUAUUGUUUCAAUUUUAAUUCAUAAUAUUAA